AUGUCUUCUUCUACCACCUCAAAAUUGGUUUUGGUUGGGGAAAUCUGGUACCUACUGGGGGAAUAUUACAACCUGGAGGAGAUCAUGGGAUAUAUUGUCAGGGUACACAGCCUUGAGGAUACGGAUGUUCUCGACAAGUUGAAUAGUCAGCCUUUCUUUGAUCUUGUCAGGCAGCUGGCAACGAUUUUUCUUCGACUCCAAUCCCAGCUCCAGUCUAGUGAGAACGACGCCGGUCCUUGUCGGAAGCUGUCUGGUCCAACCUACAAAUCACUGAGACAGACGAUAGCAAUUUUGAUUGAGAAUUUGCAAGCACUACUCUCGACGCCAACAGCUGGAGACGAUUUGCCAGUGCAACACCUGCUGGUAAUGACCAUUCUGGCAGGCUUCCAGGUCCUUCGCCACUACUCGGAUGUAAAUGAACGGUUAUCAUCUGACGAGAAGACGAUGCUGCAGAUCUGUCUGGAGUUGGCGGUACAAUCCCCAUUAGGGACUCAGCUUAAUUGCCUGUGCAGUACAGAGAUCGGACUGUAUCCAUUCGACCCAGUUUGUCUAUUCCAGGCGGUUAAAGAAAUGGUUUCAGAGUUUGAGACUAAUUGGCUGAGAAGCUACUGUGCUAUAUACGAUAUCAUACACAGCAUUGCUAUCGGCAUCGUGCAGUGCAAGGCAGAUGGCAAGAGGGCUCUGCAAAACCCGUUCGAACUAUGCGAGGAGAUCUCGAGUUGCCUCCAAGCAGCUUCUAAAGCCUACGAUGACGGGAUAGGGGACGUGAUGAAUUUGAAAAAGUCUUCUCUGGUUAGCCUUGCGAAUCUAUCGACGACCAUACAAUCAGAACUAUGUGAGACGCCACAGCAGUCACAAAGUGAUGGUGGUGAUGUGAAUCGCCACUCGCGAGAAGAACUAGAGUUGCAAUCUCUCCAGCGAUUCCGAGAUCUCCUUCUCAAUCGUAAAGAGGACGUGUUUCAUCUGGAUCGCAAAGCUCAAGAAACGCUUUCUAGACUUACCACCGCUGCUAGCUCUCAUAACAAGGGAUCUAGCUCCAACGUUUCAACUUUACAGAGAGUUUAUUCAUUGAAUUGUCCCGAGACUCACCACUUCGAAGAAAAUGGGAUACUUCGCAUCCUUGAAAGAAACAAUGUUCAGAAAGAUUCCACAAACUUCGAGGGACUCGCCCUUCGAAACCUAGAAAAUUGUCCGAAGUGUUCCCACCCUGUUGGCUACCUACGUGAGGUCGAGCCAGUCCGAAGAAUUGUGGAUGAGGCGAGAAAGCGGAUCGCGGAGGAAGAAAAUUGGCGGCAAGGGUAUCUUGACAGAGGUAAAGUUGCAGGGCAAAAGGUGAUCGAAACGAAAUGUGCCAAGGCAUCAACGAAUAGGCUUGAGCCUACCGCCGGUUCACCAACCCGCUCCACACCAACCACACCACCAGCCACAUCACCCGUAAAUGAGCCCCGCAGUCUGAACCGGCCUCUUACGGAUCCUUCCCGGUCGAGUAACCCUAGUUUAGUUCCGACCAAAUCUAGCUCAUCCACUCAGAGAGUACCAAACUUACAGCCCGCCCGGUCUACAUUCUCGGAAUCUAUCAGACGCUUCCUCAACUUAGGGCGGAAGAAGCACUCACAUGUAGAGGAGUUUGGGAACGAUGGUAACGCGGUAUCGACGGGGAUCCGCAAACGACGCCGACUUCCGUUUGGCUUUCUACGCUCUAGGACAUGA